UAGAUCUGAGUGAAAACCAACUAAGCAACCAACCAACCAACUAAGAACCACUGAGAUGACAACAUUCAUAGUGCACUGUACAGGAGUGGUCCCUUCAGCACCUCAACGCCACAAAACCACAGAACGAGGCAGGACUGGCAAUGCAAAAUCCCUACAAUAAGAUACAACACAAUGUGCGUGAAGCACGUACAGCAACCUCUCAGAUCAGUCAUGCUCCGUCGUGCCAGCGAACUCCAGCUCCUCGCGCUCCUGCUGCUGCUGAGCAGGGGCCGCUCAGUUGUUCACAACAACGCCACGGAGUCAAUCGGUCUUCAGCCGGUCCACAACACCCAGGACGUUCCGGACGAUGAAGACACGAACCAGGCGAGGAAAGGCGGGCGAUGGCAGCCUGACGCUGUGCGUAACGGCCCAGACCAAAGCCAAGUGGGCUGCAGGGAGCUGAGGUCCACAAAGUACAUUUCUGAUGGCCAGUGUACCAGCGUCAACCCCAUCAAGGAACUGGUCUGUGCUGGGGAGUGUCUGCCAACCCAUCUGCUGCCCAACUGGAUCGGGGGUGGGGGCCACACUGGGAGGUACUGGAGUCGCCGCGACACCCAGGAGUGGCGCUGUGUCAUUGACCGGACCAGGGCCCAGCGGAUCCGUUUGCAGUGCCAAGAUGGUAGCUCCAGAACCUACAAGAUAACUGUGGUGACCUCCUGCACGUGCAAGCGCUACUCAAGACAGCAAAAUGACUCAGGACACAAGGACACCACUGUCCACACUGGUAGACAGAGGAAAAAUCAGAGGAAAGCUGAAGUCGCUGAGGAGAGAGAUGGGAUGCAAUCUGGCAACUAAAAGACAUGUAAUCCAGCUGUUACAGAGGAAAUCUUCUAACAACCAGUCUUGUCUUCAUCAAGAGGUUAAUGGAUGAAUUAUAAGUGUGCAAAUAAUAAGCAAAUGUUUAGGGGCCAGGGCAAACAGAAGUAAAAGUGAUUAGUGUAGAUCUGUUUCCAGAUGUAUCUCAGAUUAUUGUGACACGGAAAAAUCUUUUAAGAUUAGUCUGUAGACCAAAACACACAUCAUUUAGACGAAUGGUUCAACAGUCUAGCAAUUAUGCUUAUUUGCUGUCCUUUGGGCAGUGAGAUCUUCAGUUUUAUGCCUGUGUGUAGUGUCUUGGGGUCAGGACAUAUUUAGCCUAGCUUAGCAUAAAGAUUGGAAGCUGGGGGAGGCAGGUGGCCUGGCUGUGUCCAAAGUUAAAGAAUACACCUGCACAAAUGCUUGUAUCUUGUUUGUCCUGUCUUUACACAGAGACAGAAAUGAACAAACUGGUUUUACCCCUAACCAGAAUCAUGGGGGGGUUGAUUGGG